AUGGGUUUCGCCAGAGCACUCCAUUCUGCCUGCGGACCGCGGCACUACCCCAAUCGCAUACCCGAUACCGGGAUCCCUUCUGCCCCGUGUGGUGCACUCCGUUUUCCCUCGUUUUACCUGUUUCCUUUGUUCGCGCUGGCGUCACGCUUCUGUGAACAGCUUGUGCAUUUUGCUGCGCAACCAAAAUUCUGGACAAGCCCGGGAAUCAACCUACUGCUAGUAUAG